AGGUCAUGGGAGUGAUGUCAUGUUCAUGUGACUGCUGCCUCUACUCACUCCCUCUGCUUCCCUGGUACUAACAUUCUGAAAAGCAAAUUGUGUAACCUGCCUCCAGCUCACCGGAACAGACCUGAGCAGAAAAAUUUCAUCCUGAUGGCUGACUCUAAACCACUCCCCUCCCUUGACUGGGACCCCGUGGCUGCAGAAGCCUUGCUUCGGGACGUGUUUGGGGUUGUUGUGGAUGAAGUCAUUUGGAAAGGGACCAGUGCUUCCGAGAAGGUCUGCGAGUGGAAGGAGCCGGAGGAGCUGAAGCAGCUGCUGGAUUUGGAGCUACGGAGCCAGGGGGAGUCAAAGGAGCAAAUCCUGGAGCGGUGCCAGGCUGUGAUCCGCUACAGCGUGAAGACCUGUCACCCUCGCUUCUUCAACCAGCUCUUCUCAGGGUUGGAUCCCCAUGCCCUGGCCGGGCGUAUUGUCACCGAGAGCCUCAACACCAGCCAGUACACUUAUGAAAUCGCCCCCGUGUUCGUACUCAUGGAAGAAGAGGUGCUGAAAAAGCUCCGGGCGUUGGUGGGCUGGAGCUCUGGGGAUGGGGUCUUCUGCCCUGGUGGCUCUAUCUCCAACAUGUAUGCGGUGAACCUGGCCCGCUAUCAGCGCUUUCCCGAUUGCAAGCAGAAGGGCCUCCGGGCACUGCCACCCCUGGCCCUCUUCACAACGAAGGAGUGUCACUACUCCAUCAACAAAGGAGCUGCUUUCCUGGGACUUGGCACCGACAGUGUCCGAGUGGUCACGGCAGAUGAGAGAGGGAAGAUGGUCCCUGAGGAUCUGGAGAGGCAGAUCAGUCUGGCGGAAGCUGAGGGUGCUGUGCCGUUCCUGGUCAGUGCCACCUCUGGGACUACUGUUCUGGGGGCCUUUGAUCCCCUGGAAGCAAUUGCUGACGUGUGCCAGCGUCGUGGACUGUGGCUGCACGUGGACGCCGCCUGGGGUGGAAGCGUCCUGCUGUCACAGACACAUAGACAUCUCCUGGAUGGGAUCCAGAGGGCUGACUCCGUGGCCUGGAACCCGCACAAGCUCCUCACAGCAGGCCUGCAGUGCUCAGCUCUCCUUCUCCGUGACACUACGAACCUGCUCAAGCGCUGCCACGGGUCCCAGGCCAGCUAUCUCUUCCAGCAGGACAAGUUCUACGAUGUGGCCCUGGACACGGGAGACAAGGUGGUGCAGUGUGGCCGCCGGGUGGACUGUCUGAAGUUGUGGCUCAUGUGGAAGGCACAGGGCGGGCAAGGGCUGGAGCAGCGUGUCAACCAGGCCUUUGCCCUUGCCCGAUACCUGGCGGAGGAGAUGAAGAAGCGGGAAGGAUUUGAGUUGGUCAUGGAGCCAGAGUUUGUCAAUGUGUGUUUCUGGUUUGUGCCUCCCAGCCUGCGCGGCAAGCAGGAGAGUCUGGAUUACAGUGAAAGGCUGGCUAAGGUGGCCCCAGCACUCAAGGAGCGCAUGGUGAAGGAGGGCUCCAUGAUGAUCGGCUACCAGCCCCAUGGGACCCGGGGCAAUUUUUUCCGCUUGAUCGUGGCCAACCCCGCGCUGACCCAGGCCGACAUGGACUUCCUCCUCGACGAGCUGGAACGGCUAGGCCAGGACCUCUGAGUCCUCCUUUCACUGCUGGCCUUGACCCUCCUUCCUCCCCUCUGGCUCUGCAUAUCCCCUCCCCGUGUUCCCAGACCAAUCUUUUUAGGAAACAGAGAGGCUGUAAUAAUGUUUCUAUCCUUUGACCUACUAACUCUCCUCUUAAAUAUGUGAUAUUAGGAGAAUGUUUAAUAAACUACAGUAUAUUCUUAUGAUGGAAUGUUAGGCUGCCUUUAGAAUUAUGUUUACAAAAAGGGUGUUUACUGAUAUGAGAAAAAUAAUUUUAAUAUAAUGUUGAAAAAUCUGGA